AUGAUGAGAUCAGUAGUCACUUUGGGAAAUCCGUAAAUGUGUGUAGUUAGUUCAGAUUCAGUUGUAUAAUUCAGUUUGUGUAAAAAAACACGAUAAAUUAAAUAUUGAUUUGCCAAAGUGUCGCACUCGUUACCGUCACUUUAGCGAUAUUGCUAUGUAAUAUGUCGUGCACAGUGAAUUAAGAAUAUAGUGUUUUUAUACAAUGAUAACCUCACAAUUCAGUGAAAUGGCAAACGGAAACGUCGAAUAUAUUUAUCAGUUACCUUUCUUUGAACGUUCAGAAUUUUGUAAAAUUAUGAAUCAAAACGACAAAUGGGAAGAACUAGCUGGUACAUGGAUGAAUUAUGAUGUUUUAACGAUACAGAAUCUGAGGAAAGAAAAGAAUCCUGCAGAUGAACUUUUGACAUUAUGGAGUCAACAUAAUCAUACAAUAAAGGAAUUGUUUGUCUUACUGUCUAGAAUGCAACACUAUCAAUCAAUGGUACCUUUGUUACGUUUUGUUGAUAAGAAAUUUCAUCGGCUUUUACAUAAUGGAGAAGGUAAUCUGCAGUACAUAUCACGCAACCAUCUGUUCAACAAGAAUACCAAGGAUUUGAAAAUUGGAACACAGAAUUUUAAUCAAUGUGUAUCUCCAACACAAAUUGUUGAUAAAAUUUUAAAUCAGCCAAUAGCACAAUUGGCUAUUAGUCCAAGCAACUCUAAUAAUUUGCUAGUAGCUUCACCAGUAGCAGCUGCUGCUUUCUCACCAUCUCCAUCAAAUACUGGUAGUAAUGAUAAGAAGAUCAAUGAACUGCCAUCGCCACUGCCAAAGGCAGAAGCUACUUUACCACAUGCAAGUUAUAGUAAACUAGCUAUUGCCACAAAUGGAUGGAACCAACACAAUAUAUUGGGAAAAGGUGGUUUUGGAACAGUAUAUAGAGGAGUUUGGAAAAACACCGAAGUGGCGAUAAAGAAGAUUCGACAGAAAGGAUCUGAUUCGGAUUCGGAAAGUUAUAUAUUACAACUCCAACAAUCACUAAAAGAAAUCAAAAUUCUAAAUUCUCAUGCCCACGAAAAUAUUUUAGCUUUAUACGCGUACAGUUUUGGCGGUGAAGCACCCUGCUUAGUGUAUCAGCUAAUGAAGAAUGGAUCUUUAGAGGACAGAUUGCUGUUAAGACAAAAAACUGAGCCGCUGAUAUGGAUACAAAGACACGAAAUUGCUAAAGGUAUAGCGCGUGGAUUGCAAUACUUGCAUACUAUUGGAGAGAAACCGUUGAUUCAUGGUGAUAUUAAAAGCGCUAAUAUCUUGUUGGAUAAAAAUUUUGAACCCAAAAUCGGUGAUUUUGGCUUGGCACGAGAAGGCCCUGAAAGGGACAGUAUGCAAAUCAGCAAGAUCCAUGGAACUAGACCCUACUUACCUGAAGAAUAUUUAUAUGAUAGAAGAUUAUCUACAAAGAUAGACACUUAUAGCUAUGGCAUAGUUUUAUUCGAAAUGGCAACUGGUCUUCGGGCUUAUGAUAAAUCACGACCUGAAAAGAAAUACUUACGAGAUUUAAUUGAUGCUUGGGAAGACAAAGAUCUUUAUUUAUUGAUAGAUAAAAAAGCAGGUGAAAGCUGUAUGCAAGUAUAUGAAAAUUUAAUAAAAAUGGGAAAAUGGUGUGCUAAUCGAUUGGCACAAAAUCGACCGGAAAUGGAACUCGUAUUUCGAAAAUUGAACGAUUUAUAAAUUUUUAUAAUCGUAACGUAUAUUGCUUUUUUUAAUCUGAUCAAAGAGAGAGUUAAGAUAUUUACUCCAAAUAUAAAAACAAAUAUGAAGAGCUGAUUGUGAUAUAAACUGUAUACUGUAAAAAUAUAUACAUCAUCGUAUUAUUAAAAAUU